AUGAUUUAAUAAUCCGGCAUCUCAUUUCAAAGUCGUCAAGUAUAAUUGAGGGACCAAAUCAAUAUGCUUGAACAGAGAGCUUAAGAGAUCAUUUAAGACAUUAAAAAAAAAAGGAAAAUAUAAGGAGGACAAGAUAGAUAAAUAAAAUUAAAAACACUUCAAAAUCAAAUUGAUAAAAUGAAAUAAUUGAAUGAUGAUUUGUUGCACUUAUCCAUUGAUGAGAAAAAAUGGAAUAAAUUUUUGAACCUUUUGGAAAUCAUGUAUUAAAAUCUAGAUAACCCAGAACACGAAUAAGAAAUUAAUUAAUUAAUCACUCAAUUAUAUUAAACUAAAAUUGUAUAAACCGUAUGGAAUGACAGAGUCCUAUUGCCCAAUAGAUAAACCAUUGAACCAUUUGAUCAAAAAGCAGCAACUCAACAAGCUUAAUUAGUAGAUUAAAAUUCAGCUGCUUAUAAAAUUAAAAUGAUGGACUUUAGUUACGCUGAUAGGCCCUAGAAAAAUGAUUAUUAUUAGCCUCCUACUUUUAAAGAAAAAUUGAAUCUAAACAGCUUGUUACCCAAAUACAAAAUGUUGCCGCAUUCAGUUUUCAGUUAACUCAGCAGUGACACAUUGUUCUAUGUCUUUUAUUAUCAUAAGGAGCCUACUGAAUAAUUGAUGGCAGCAAGAGAAUUGAUUAAGAAUUAAUGGAUAUACAACACCAAACAUGGAUUGUGGAUGAAGAAGGAUAAGCAUUACCAAUAUAAAGACGAAGAAAAUGAUAAAGUUAUUAAAGGACCUUUCUUUUAUUUUGAGAAUGAGGGAAAGUGGUAACAGAAAAAAAAAUAGGACUUUUCAUUUAAGAAAAAGCAUCUAAUAUAAUAUGAGUUAAUUUAAUGA